AGAUGAGCACGCGCAUCACACUAAGUAAUUUUGACUCGUGAAGACUUGUGUUAAGAAUAAGUAAUAUUGAAAAACGAUGCUGCGCUUUGGGAUAUUUCUAGCCGCAACUGUGGCGCUAUCAGCAGCUGCACCAAACCCAGUCUCCAAUGUCUUGGAACUGGACAUCUCACCUGAAGAAGCCCAGAAGUACCUCAACAGUCCACCAUUCACAGAACCUAAGUUAGCAGGUCGCACUGCUGUCUUGCCAUUGGUAAAAUAUAACGACCCGAGGUUUCGUACAGCUGAGGCUGGCCCCACUCUCGGACACUACUGGAAAAAUGGCCACGAAAUCGAGAACCCUGACGACUACGUUGAGGAGGUUUACACCGCAAGACAAUACCAUGGUCAAGACGGCCUAGGUGCAUACGCAUAUGGUUAUGAAACUCCUGAAUCAGCAAAGGUUGAGAACAGAGUUCGUGCCGGUGACGUAACCGGUUCCUACACAUUCAAAGCUGGAAACAAUGAACUUAUCAAGGUUCGCUAUUGGGCUGACAGCCAAGGUUUCCACCAAGAGGACAAUAUUCCCAAAGUUGUGUUGAAGCCUAUUGAGGAAGCUGAAGACGUAAGACAGGCGCGUCUCGCUCACGAGAAGGCCUGGCAAGAGGCAGCCGCUGCCGCUCGUCAGCAACCUGACCCACAAGGCGAGUAUUACAGACAAUACGAAUACCAGCCCGCUGCGUCUGAACAACAAGCUGCUUUUGUUGGACAUGUGAGACAAAGGCGUGAUGUAAGCGACUCUUUCAUUUACGGGCCUGCUCAUGGUGUUCCAACAGCUCGUACUACUACUGAGCCGGAACCAACGGGACCCCCCCGUGGUUUCUUCUAUCAGUUCGAUUACCCCGUCUCCGUCAUCGUACCUAAAAGCAGUCUCCAGGGUGAGUCAGUAAACCCCUCCAAGCCUUACUGAUUCUUUUAAAGUAAUACAAUAAGAUUUAUUAACCCAAUGUUUUAGAAUGGAUUGUUAUUACAUAUUGAAUUUUAAACUUGAAACCGAAUUGCAAAUAUCUAACCUAUCUUAUAACAUUGAUUAGACUUCAGUAAUUUAGAAUACAAUUUUAAUUAAAAUAUAUAAUUAUUUCAUGAUGAUAAUUGUUAUAAACUAUGCUUGCAUAUUUGGAAUCUUUAUUGAUUUCUAAAAGAUGUUAUAAAGUAAUUUGCGUUGCCAAUUUAGUUAAGUAGGUUAAAGUAGCUGUUUGUAAUCAUUUCAUUAGCACUUUUACUUAUAAUGUUUUAACGAAAGUAAUGGAACUUUCUAGAAUUAAGAGUCCGUCUAUUUUGGUUAAAUUUUUUUGAAUUUAUUUUCACAAAUUUCAUGAUUGGAUUGGACUGGUGUUUAAAAGAGUAACUUUGCUUCGCGAUGGAUUAGGUUUAUUAAUUAAUACAUGUUGUAGUAUAUGUAUCUCUCUUUUGAUUCUCAGUUAAUCUCUUGAACCCAGUCUUGUUUAAUAUUAGCUUUUAAUGUAAGAUUUUAUUGCCAAUAAUCAUAAAAAAUUUUGUAAUAAUUACAUUCGUGUCAAUAAAUAAAGAUUAUUUCAAUAA